AACAGGAAGAAAUUCCAAAGUGUUUUUCUUUUAUAACUGAGAUUUUAUUGGUUGAGGACCAGCAGAAAAACAUGUUAUUUCAGUUUGGUUUUCCUUCUUUUUGCAUGCCACAAUUCUUAAGAGUAGGUUUCCAUCUGCAAUAAGACCUAGCAUACAGGAAAGAACACUGUGAUACCUUAACUAACUCUUCAGAUCUCUAAGCUGCCUCCUUCUGACUACCCAUCAAAUGGCAGGUUAGGGCAAGAAAAAAGCAUCCAUGGUAAAAAAAAAAAAAAAGAAUAAAAAGGAAACCCAACACUAAGGAGACUGAGUUAGAAGGAUUUCUGGGAAUGUGAGGCCAGCCUUGAGAGAGAAAACUUUCAGGGACAGAGAGAGGCAUGAAGGCAAAGGAAAAUGGGAAAUUCGGAAUGGGUUUGCUCAAAGUGGGAUAUGUUCACUGUUUUCUACUACUAAUCUCCACUAGCAUUUGUUAAAAAAGGUGACAACAGCUGAGGCAGAGUCAGCACCUGUCCCAGGACUCCACUUUCCAAAAUGGGACAGGAUGAACUGCUGUUACACUGCCAUCCAGUGAGUGACAGCCUCGGAAGUCAUCAACUACCAUGAUGAGAGGAAAUAGGGAAAGCCUCAUGGCUUUCUGCUUUCUGGUCAAUCCCACUUCAAGUUGUGUUUAAUGUUGGAGAAGGGACAGGCUGGAGGACAAAUUUCAAACAGCUUUGUUCCCCAAGGCCCAGGUACUGCAGAUGGCACAAUACACAUCUCCUAAUAAGAGAAUACUGACGAUAAACUGAGUCUCAGAAAUGGUAGACAAUUAUUUGAACUGUUUACAUACAGACUGAGUCUGCCCCAUCACCACUGACCUUUCUCUUUUGAGCAGUGAACUUUUGUAGUAGGAGAGGAUUAUUGGAUGGGAAGUUGUCCCGAAGCAAUGAUGAUAACUGUAGCCUUUGGGCAACUUCCUUAAUUACCAGCCCCAAAACAUCUGCAUAGCUUGACCACCUUUGUGCUUCCCUGAGCAGAGUGAGGCCUGACCUCUGUGAAACUCCAUAAGGAACCAUUGUCAUGGUUACAUGUGUGCCCUUGACAGGUUGACAGCUCACUCUUCUAAAGUGGCCUGUGAUUCACAACAAUAAUAACGUGAGCAGGAAUCAAUUUCUGUUGAGUCAGUGCAGACAUGCUUUGUGGGAAGACCUGAUCACACAUCAGUGAGUAUACAUGACAAGGAGCUUUCUUGAAAGGGAUCACAAAGGCAUGGUUCAUUAUUCCAGGGGUUUUCAAGGCAGAAGACAAAUGUCAUUUUGAGAAGGUUUUACAUAGCAAAGACCAGGGGAACAGCCUCAUUAGUGCAUUCCAUGAAUGACAUAUAGGAGGGGACACCAUGCCCACACUGCAUAAAAACCUCCAUGAAGAUCUUCACAACCAUCAUGUGCCUAUGAAGGCAGCCGCUAGAUCAAUGGAGGACAGGCCUCUUCUGUUAUAUUAGCUGCCUGUUAUAUGCCUUCAUGGGAGUAGUACAUAAGGAAGGAAAGGCAGCAGAGACCUUGUUGGGACUCAAUUUUGUUAUCUUUACUGAGAAGCAACAAUUUUCCACGUGAGCUCAUGGUGCCUCUUUACCCAUGCUCACAAUCUCCAAUGCAACAGCAAGGACUCUUCCAAGCACCACUGUUUCCUACCUACCUUACCUUUCUAUUUGUGUAAUAUAUAGUUUAUUCCAUCUGGACUCUGUGCUGUGUGUGCUGGUGUCUGUGCCCAUUUCACUUGGAAAGAGCCAGUGUUCCUCAGAAUAUACUUGAGUUGUAAGAGAAGGGCUGUAAACACUGACCUCUAUCAAUAUCCACGUUAUUUUUGUUUCAGAAUGGCUGAGCAUAAUCCAAGGCUAAUUAUAAAUUACAAAAUAGCUUCAGAAAAACCUGGACUCAAAAGCAUCCACUGCUUUAACCCUAAAGAGAAACAGGUACUAGAGAGUUCCAGAAUAUCAAUGUAACCAGGCUUACCUCUAACACAAAAACUGCCUGGACACAGCCAUACCCUGAAAGUAGCCCAGGCCAACAUGGUCUCUGAAAAAGCCCAUGCUAAGCACCUAAAGUGAAAGUAGACCAGAAUUAACCAUUAAACCAUGAUGUCAAGAGAGAAGUAUUCCAAGGCCUGAGGAUGAACCUGAUGAAGACCAGGAAUAAAGCCUAAAUUAACAAUGGCUUUACCUCAUUCAGAAAGGUCACAGACCAACCCUAAGAAUAAAAGUGCCAAAUCCUGACCUAAGAGAGGCCUGCACCCAAACCUGAAGCUGAAUAAGCUCUGACCCAGAGGAAAAACAGAGGUAUCCCUGGGCCAGUCCAUUAAAUGGAAGAGCCAAGGCCAAAGGAGAAAAGGAAAAGUAACAAAAUGAAAUGAAACAAAAAGUAAAGAAAAGAACGCCAAUGUCUAUCCUGACCCUGAAGGAGGCUGGCCCCAACCAAGAGGGAGAUGAGUUCUGCCCUAUCCCUCAGAAGAAAAAGACGUGGCUCAAAGAAGAAAAAGGAGAGUAUCCAUGACUCAACUUUACCUGGACUGAAGGCAGGGCCCUCACCAGGAUGAGAAGUUGGCCUCAGCAUAACUCUGACCAUGAAGACUGGGCCAAACUAAGAAAGGACACAGGCCCAGACCAAUCCUUCAAAUGAAAGAGGCCGGGACAAAGCAGGAAAAGGGAACACAGACAGGGGCCUAACACUUACCCUGACAAAAGCCUGAGAUAAAACAAGGGGAGAAGAAGACCUGGGACAUUCUCUUAAAUGACAGAGGCCAAGGACCAACCAAGAUAAAACUAUUGUCUGCCUAUAAUUCUUACCCUGAUGAAGUAUGGGCCUAAGCAAGAAGAGAUGUGGGCCACAUCAUAACCUUAAUGCUGACAAAGACCAGGCCAAAACCGAGAAAAGUAGUGGGCCUGAGUCCCAUUCUAGCUAUGCAUAUGCCUGGGCCCUAAUCAAGAAGAGAAGUGGGGCUGGGGCAGCCCCUUAAAGAAUGAACACCCAGAGAAAACCAAGAAAACAGCUAUGCCCAGCUCUAACUUUUAUUCUGAAGACACCAAGGACCAAAUGAAGAAGUAGGUCUUUAGCUAGAGUUUUCUCCAGUCCUGCCUGGAGAAAACUGCCAACAGUCAGUUCAUGUCUCUCUACAUGCCAGUCCCGAAGGUGCUCAAACCCAACCAAGUAAACACACAGAGACUUAUAUUACUUAUAAACUGUAUGGCUGUGGCAGGCUUCUUGCUAACUGUUCUUAUAUCUUAAAUCAACCCAUUUCUAUUAAUCUAUAAGUUGCCCACGUGUCUUGUGGCUUACCAGUAUUUAAUCCCCAUUGAAAUCCCAACAAACAUCUUCACAGAUUUUCAAAGAACAAUUUUCAACUUCAUAUUGAAAACCAAAACCCAGGAUAGCCAAAACAAUCACGUACAAUGAAGGAAUGUCUGGCAUCACCAUCCCUGACCAAAUGGUCUACUAUAGAGCUAUAUUAUAAAAACAACUUGGUAUUGGUUUAAAAAUUGACACAUAGAUCAAUGGAAUUGAAUCAAAGACCCUGACUUUAAUCCAAAAACAUAUGAAUACCUGAUUUUUGACAAAGAAGCUAAAAUUAUACAAUGAAAAAAAGAAAGCAUCUUCAACAAAUGGUGCUGGCGUACUGGCAUAACUGUAUGUUGACACAUGCAAGAAUGCAAAUUGAUCCAUUAUCUAUGACCAUGUACAAAACUCAAGUCCAAAUGGAUCAAAGACCUCAACAUAAAUCCAGUUACACUGAACCUGAUAGAAGAGAAGUAGCAGAGACACUGAGAGCAACACCUAAUAAACGGGACCUCCUGCAACUGAGAAGCUCCUGUAAGGCAAAGGAAAGGGUCAACAAGACAAAAUGAUAGCCUACAGAAUAGGAAAAGACCUUCACCAAACCCACAUCUGACAGAGGGCUGAUCUCCAAAAUAUAUAAAGAAUUCAAGAAACUAGACAUCAAAAAACCAAAGAAUCCAACUUAAAAAAAUGGGGUACAUAUCUAAACAGAGAAUUCACAACAGAAGAAUAUUAAUGGCCAAAAGACAUUUAAGGAAUUGCUCAAAAUCCUUAGCCAUCAGGGAAAUGCAAAUCAAAUGACACUAAGAUACCAUCCCACUAACAACCUCAUAGGUUGAGUGAGCUCUACUGACACUGGGGAAAUCUUCAUAACCAUGUGACUUUUUUUGAGCCCACCAAUCUCUAAAAUUCUGAGGAUCUUCCCUGGGUGAAUGUUCACUUCAGAGGUCUCAUCCCUACUACUCCCCAUUAUCCUGACCUCAUCUCUAAGCAUCCUUACUUUCUCAAAUUAUUGAUUAUUAAUCUUGGGGAGGGGAAAAUACAACCCUGGACAGCACAUGCAAAAUGAGCUUUCAAUUUCACUUAGAUAAAGUUUCUGAUGAAGCAGAGGCCUAGAUUUCUGGCUUUGGAAGGAGGAUCUACCUAAAGGCUUCCAUUGUGAACCCAGAGGUUCCUGCAAAUGGCACCUUGGUUUCAAGUCACUUUUGGGUGAGGUAUGAGACAGGGAUGUAACAGCUAUACCAUGUGACAUCAGCACAUGGACAUUCUACUGUAUCCUGGAGAGCCCUGGCAUUCCAUGUGAUGUCACCAGUGUUGUGGCAACACCAACUGUCAUUGGGGCAUUUGUGCAGUGUCUCGUGUUUCACCUACAGACAUGCUGACUAGACUGAACAGGAUUGUUGGGAGACAGGAUGGCAAGCACAGGGAGACCAAUAGGAGGCAGAAGGAAGAUGCUCUUCAGUCUCCAUGUCACACAUCAAGAAAUAGAUGGUUCUGGGGAAAGCGCAGUGAGUCCUGGGAAAGAGAUGGGGAGCUUCCUGAAGGAGGAAGGCUUCAGCUGAUCCUUCUAGGAGUGGGGCUAAGGGGGUGAGAGUUUCUGAGAAGCCAUGGGCCUAUCCUAGUCCUCUGAGUUCUUAAAGAGCAGAACAAAGUUGUGGAUUUUUCAAGGUUAGUUUGGCAGAGAGCCAGGGAUGGUCAAGGCUGCAGCUGUUCUGUUGAGGGCUCUCUGCUUUCACUCUGAGUGGGAAGGAAGCACAGAGGGACUAAAGAGGUUUCAGUACCAGCCCUGCACUUCACCCACACUGGAUUUCUUUUGGUGUGUGUCACUAAUAACAAGAAGAGUAAAGUUACCUGGCCAGAGCUAGAGGUUCUUACACUUAAAUAACAACCCACUAGCAGGGCAGGAGCCACCAAGUAUUGCUGCAUGUCAGUGAUCCCUAAGGUUUCUGAGUUUCUGCCUCUCACUAGCCAGUCAUCUUCCCUCUACCUUGAGUGCAGGACUGGGACAUCACUCUUCCUGUAAGUAUUUGUUCUUGGUGUCAAGAGGGCUCACCUGUGGAUGCCCAGUUCAUAGGUAUUUUCAGUCACACUUUCAAUGGUUGAUAACAACUUUGCUAACAAAAUGAUGGAUGGAAUGUAUUCCCUGAAGCUUUGGGUAAAAGUUUCAUCUUUACCUAUAUGACUUACCAUUGCUCUGACAGGACCCACACAAUACUCCGCCAUCCUCAUACAUUGUAACUGCCCCAUGGAUCUUCUCUGAUGUGCUUAUUUACCUCAUGGAACUGAUCUUCCUUCCCCAUUAUACUGAGCUAAUUUCUUAGCAUCCUUUAUUUCUCAUCUUGUUAGUUAGAGAUCAUCAGGAUGAGAAGAGCCAUUCCUGGGCACAGUUUGGAAAAUGAGUCUUACCCUCCAUACAUGAUGUACUAUUGAAUUAGAAUGAACUAGAUUCUAAUGAAUCAGAGAGAUCUCUGGAUUCGAAGGAGGAGGUGCUGAAGGCCUUCCCCUGUGUCGAAGGGAAGGCUCCUGGAAAGGGCAGCUUGGCUUUUGGUGAAUUGGGGAAGAGUUUGUUAUAAGAUAGGUGAAGGCUGUUGGCAGUGACCCUAACAGUCCCUUCUCUGGAAAUUCUGUUGUAUCCUGGAGAGCCCUUGGCAUCUUUUGUGAAAUCACCAGUGUUGUGGCAAUGCCAACUGCCCUUGAGGCAUUCAUUAAGUGCGUACAGGGUUCACGAAUAAACAUGUUGGCAAGACUGAGCAUACUGGCUGGAAGAGAGAUCUCUGUUUUUUUCGGGAGAGGUUGAGGCCAGAACUAGACCUUCUAGUAAUGGGGUUCAGUAGCUAUAAUCAUCUGAAGCCAUGGGCCUAUGCUGCUUAUCUGGGUUCCUAAAGAGCAGAUCCAAAGUGGAGGUUUCUGAUGGGUAGUUGGCAGAGGGCCAGGAAUGGUCAAGGAUGCAACUGCUGUGCUAGGACAUUUUCAGUUCAUUCUGAUUGUCAAAGAAUGCCAAAGGAGGCACAGAACCACUAAUGAGUUAUCAGGGUAGCAUGUUGGUAUACUUUAUUCUCAGUGGAUUUCUGUAGGUUUCAUGGAUAUCUGAUAUAAAUACCAGAGAGUGAAACUUUCCAACCAUGUACCUAGGUCUGAGACAUUCAGUUGCUUUUAGUCAUGCACACAGGUUAUCCGGAUGGGAGAUACAAAGCACCAGAGAGUCCAGGACUUUCUUGCAUCACAUCAGGUAUUGGCUGACAAUUCCAAACCAACAUGGCUGGCCUUGCUUAUGCCUUUCAGGGACAGUGGGGCUGCAGUAGGGCCUGAGUCAUAUAUCUAUCCUCAGAGAUUGGAGACAGACACAUGGCUUAUGGUCCCCAGUUUAAAGAUAGCUGCUCUGAAUUUUGGGGCUUCGCUGGGUCCCAUGCAUUUCCUCUUCCUCAGGCCUCCUCUUGGAACUCCACAUGAUCUCUCUUGGCUCAGUGCCAUUCAUCUGGACAAAUACAGUUGUGUUUAUGUACCUACAGGGACUACUAGGAAGGCAUCAUCCACACCCUUCUUCCUCACUGAGCAGGAGCAACAGCUGAACCAGGUGGAUAAACUGACCCUUCAGCUACAGAUGAUGACCAAUGAGAGGAAUGAACUGCUUGAAUUCCUGGCCCUUUAUAACAACAAUGAGUUGAACAACAGGCUGAAAUAUGAGCUUGAGAUGCUGAAAACACAGCAUAAGAAGGAGAUGUCAGAUGUGAAGAAAUUCCCCAAGGAGAUUUGUGAGGUCUCGUACAAGUGCAAGGAGCUGAGUGAGCAGACCAACUCCUACCGCACCCUCUACAGUCAGCUCCUGAGGGAAAGGACUCAGCUAAAGGAAAAAAUGAGCAUGUUGAAAGAGGACAACAGAAAGCUGCAGGGGGAGCAGAUUUUACUACAAGAGUCCUGCGAGGAGGCGAGAAGGCUCUGUGAGGAGGCCCAUGAGAAGAUCUAUGACCUCUGGACAAAGCAGCAGCAGGAACAUCAAAGACUUAAGGAAAAUCUUCAGUCCCUGAGGAAGCAGAAGGAGCUGCUCACCCAGCAAAUGGACUUGGCAGUAAAGCUGCAGCAUCAUUUCACUGUGUCCCAGAUGAGGUAGGAACCCAGGAUUCCA